UCUGCAUCCCCGUAAAACCCUCUUUCCAUGAUGCUCUCUCUUUCGUCCUGAACUGUGAUCCACUCCCCAACCUGAAACGCCUCCGUUUCAUUUUGUCGGAAUGAAGCUCACCGUUAAAACCCUUAAGGGUAGCCACUUUGAAAUCAGGGUUCACCCCAACGACACGGCUAUGGCUGUGAAGAAAAACAUUGAAGAUAUACAAGGGAAAGACAAUUAUCCUUGCGGCCAACAGCUUUUGAUUCACGAUGGGAAAGUUUUGAAAGAUGAAACUACCAUAGCUGAUAAUAAAGUCUCCGAGGAUGGUUUUCUUGUUGUCAUGCUUAGCAAGAGCAAGUCUUCGGGUUCAGCUGGGGCCUCAUCUGCCCAGCCUGCUUCAUCAAUUCCAUCUACAACUGCGCCUGUUUCUAAUCCUACCACUACCCCAGAAGCUUCUGCACAAGCACCGGCUUCGAAGGGCACCACAUCUACUUCCGAUGCUGCAACAACUAAUCCAAGUACCGAUAAUUAUAGUCAAGCUGCUUCCAUUUUAGUUCCUGGAACUAAUCUUGAACAAACUGUCCAACAACUGAUAAAUAUGGGUGGUGGCAACUGGGACAAAGAAACAGUAACUCGUGCACUUAGAGCUGCUUAUAACAAUCCGGAAAGAGCAGUGGAUUAUCUGUAUUCCGGGAUUCCUGAAUCAGCAGAAGUGGCUGUGCCAAUGGCUCGUUUUCCUACAAGUCAGACUACUGAAACUGGUGCAGCUCCUGGUGUAGGGGCUCCUAAUUCAUCGCCUUUUAAUAUGUUUCCUACGGAAACACUUUCUGGUGCUGGUGCUGAUGCUGGUGGGCUUGAAUCCUUGGAUUUUCUCAGAAACAACCAACAUUUCCAAGCAUUGCGUUCAAUGAUACAAUCAAAUCCACAAAUUCUACAGCCCAUGCUACAGGAGCUGGGGAAGCAAAACCCUCAGCUUUUAAGACAAAUUCAGGAGCACAAUACCGAAUUUCUUCAGCUAAUAAACGGGCCUCUAGAAGGUUCUGAAGGGGAUAUAUUUGAUCAAGCUGAACAAGAUAUGCCUCAUGCUAUCAAUGUUACCCCAGCUGAACAGGAGGCUAUCCAACGGCUUGAAGCAAUGGGAUUUGAGAGAGCCCUCGUCAUUGAAGCUUUUUUGGCUUGUGACCGCAACGAGGAAUUGGCAGCAAAUUAUUUGUUGGAGAAUGCUGGAGAUUUUGAGAAUUGAUUACUUUGUUUUGUUCAUAGUUUUGGUCAAACGGAUAUGAGUUUAUC